AUGGCAAGGAGGAAGCUAGAAACAACGCAGGGGACUGCUGCUUCCAGUGCCCCAGAUGCUCCGCCUUCGUCCUCGUCCAGGCGCACCUCGCUCAGACUAGCUCAAACAGCACAAUCCACCCCGAAAGCCAAGAGCCUCGAGAGCCAACGGGAGAUUGCAGAUAGUGAGGAUGAGUUGUUAUCUUCAGAGACCUCAAAACCUCCUGGUGUUGCUAUGUUAGCAAAGGUUGAAGUCGCCAUCCCAUUGAAGUACCCUCGCCGUUCAGCCUCUUCCUCCGUUGCCGCCGAAGAUACAUCUGCAGACGGGAUAACCGGAUAUGAUACGCCAGCAACGAGUGUUGCUGUUACUCCCGCCGAGUCGGACAUUGGGCGCUCGAAGAAGAGAGUUAGCGCUUCUGCGAGAGCGCAGGAAUUGCGUUCAAGUAAUAUGUCCCUAGGUGCGAAAAGGGGAGUAAAGCGAUCCGCAGCGACAGAGACAGACAAUUAUUUCGAACCCGAGAACGCAGAUGCAGCACUGGCUAGAAAUCUACAACUACAGGAAUAUCAACAGAAAAUUCCAAAACGCCGAAAAGCUUCUAACAGUGCUUCCCCGGAAAUUGGCGGAUCUGAGGAUGACGAUAGUUCACUAAGUGAAAUAGAUAAUGACGAAUUAUACGAAGAAGAUCUGGAAAAGCCAGCACCUCCAAAGAAGCUCAGGUCAUCCCGUCGGUCAAACACCAGACCUGUGAUUCAAGGUAGUGAUGAUUUUAUGGAUGAUGGUUUUGAAGGGCAUUUAGACGAUCAUACUUAUCAAAGCGACUCUGACUCUAACAUGAGCGGCUCAUCUUCUGCUGGAAGUGAGGAUGAGCCAUUGAUUGUGCAGAGGGCUUCGCGGGCCAGUAACACCAGGAUUCGGAGAUUAAUGUCUCGAAGACAGCUGUCUACCGGUCUAGCAAGCGCGCUUGCCUCUGGGAUGAGCUCUCGUGCUUAUAAAGAGCGUCAGAAGCUCGAAAAGCAACACCCAACUAUUACAACUAUGUGGAAUGAUUUGAAGAACGAUCCUCCCAUUUCCCCCGAGCCAGCAGCACAGCCUGUGGGUAUAUCGAGGACACUCAAGCCGUUUCAGCUCGAGGGUUUAAAUUGGAUGACCCGGCAGGAAAAAACACAAUACAAAGGCGGACUAUUAGGUGACGAAAUGGGCAUGGGUAAAACCAUACAAGCCGUUUCGCUUCUUAUGUCGGAUUAUCCGGCAGGUAGGCCGUCGAUCGUUGUGGUUCCACCGGUUGCUUUGAUGCAGUGGCAAUCAGAAAUCAAGGAAUAUACAGAUGGGAAGCUCAAAGUUCUCGUCUACCAUAACACCAACUCCAAAGUAAAGGGCCUCUCAAAGAAGGACCUCGAAAAAUACGAUGUCAUCAUGAUAUCUUAUUCUGGCCUAGAAUCAAUUCAUCGGAAAGAGUGGAAGGGCUGGAACCGCAACGAUGGCAUUGUUAAGGAAGAUAGUGUCAUUCAUUCCAUUCAUUAUCACAGACUCAUUCUAGACGAAGCUCACAGUAUCAAGCAACGUACGACAAGUGUUGCUCGUGCCUGCUUCGCACUCAAUUCUAACUACAAGUGGUGCCUUUCUGGUACACCCGUCCAAAAUCGAAUUGGGGAGUUUUUCUCUCUGCUGCGAUUUCUAGAAGUCCGACCUUUUGCUUGCUAUUUUUGUAAGCAAUGCAAGUGUCAAGAACUUCACUGGUCACAGGAUGCCGAGAAGCGAUGCACGAAAUGCCGACACAGUGGCUUUAGUCAUGUAUCAGUCUUCAACCAGGAGAUACUCAACCCUAUCACCGAAAGAAAUGACAUGGAAUCGCGGAAGGAAGCUCUGACGAAGCUACGGCUGAUCACGGAUAGGAUCAUGCUACGUCGAGUUAAACGAGACUACACGGCUUCGAUGGAACUUCCACCAAAACGUGUGAUUCUACAUAAUGAAUUCUUCGGUGAGAUCGAACGUGAUUUCUCGAGGAGUAUCAUGACGAACUCUUCUAGACAAUUCGACACAUACGUGAGUCGUGGUGUGAUGUUGAACAAUUACGCUAAUAUUUUUGGACUUAUCAUGCAAAUGCGACAAGUUGCAAACCAUCCGGAUCUUAUUCUGAAGAAGCAUGCCGAAGGUGGACAAAACAUUCUUGUAUGCAGUAUCUGCGAUGAACCCGCAGAGGAAGCGAUUCGAUCACGGUGCCAUCACGACUUUUGUCGACGUUGUGUGAAGGACUAUAUUCAAUCGUUUGACACGGAUUCUGUCGUUGACUGUCCUCGGUGUCACAUUCCGCUUUCGAUCGACCUAGAGCAGCCUGACAUGGAACAACAUGAAGAUCAUAUCAAAAAGAACUCGAUCGUCAACAGAAUUCGAAUGGAGGAUUGGACGUCGUCGACAAAGAUCGAAAUGCUCGUUUACGAACUUUACAAGUUGCGCAGCAAGAAGCAAACUCUCAAAUCCAUCGUUUUCUCCCAGUUCACCUCGAUGUUACAAUUAGUCGAAUGGCGACUUCGCAGAGCAGGCUUCAACACAGUGAUGCUUGAUGGAACCAUGACACCUGCGCAGCGCCAAAAGUCAAUUGAUUACUUCAUGAAUAACGUGGAUGUUGAGGUCUUUCUCGUGUCUCUUAAGGCAGGUGGAGUAGCCUUGAACCUCACGGAGGCAUCAAGGGUCUUCAUCGUGGAUCCGUGGUGGAACCCUGCAGCAGAAUGGCAGAGCGCCGACCGAUGUCAUCGAAUUGGCCAGCGCCGACCGUGCGUUAUUACACGGUUAUGCAUUGAGGAUUCGGUGGAGUCACGGAUCGUCAUGCUUCAGGAGAAGAAGGCGAACAUGAUUAAUGGUACCAUCAACAAGGACCAGGGGGAAGCGCUGGAAAGGCUCACCCCAGAGGAUAUGCAGUUCUUAUUCCGGGGCUCAUAG